AGAAUAACCAUAUCUCCGCCUUAAAACAAUCCUUGCUGCUUUAUUCUGUGCAUUCUGCAGCCUCCUAACUUCACUAGAUGAUGCAUUUCCCCAGACCACCGAACAAUAGUUCACUUGACUCUCAACCAAUGCCUGUGUUAUUUGCUGAAGGAUUUUCCCUGGUAAAUAUUUAGCUAUCCUUCUGAUUAUGCAUGCUGUUUUAAUAAUUUUUUACAUAGAUUAGUUAUUUGAGACUACCAUGAUAAGCAGUUGUCUAGCUGCACUCCCAGUAGUUUGGUUUCUGCCACUUCUUCAAUUUGUGAUCUUCUCAACUUCUCUAUACCAUUUCUGAUGCAUUUGUCAUUUCCAACCAUACUUCCUACAUAUUGGAAUGCUGUCAAAAGUACUGUCAGACUGAUUUGCAAUGUAAUCAACGGCUAAUGUUUAGUCUAUCACCUUUUUUUUUCAUAGCGAGGUUGUGGCUUUGCUCCCUUCUUCACUUCCUUUUAGAACUCUACUGACUAACUAUUCUAAUUUCUCCACAGUGCUUCACGUCCGUGACCUCAAAGACCCUUUUAUCAACCUCUCUGCCACUUCUGCAUUCUCUCUUUCUCUCACAUUCUCUCUCUCAUUUUCUCUUUCCUCAUUUUCUCUCUUGUUCUCUCACGAUAACUUGCAACUGUAAGAGAAUUAACUCUUCCCUUCGCUCUCUCUUUCUCUGCUUCCACGCUUGCCUUGCCUCCCAUCUUGGUCCAGGACUUUAUGGAAAGGGGACAUUGUUACCAAGGCGAUAGUGACUCUGAGCUUCUCCCCCACGCUUUGGCAAGUUUCGCUCUCUGUCCAUCACUCCCUCCAUCCCUCUCUCCUGCCCCUUCGGCCUCCUCUGUUCCUUAUCUACUGCUGCCCCUUUCCCUAUUCCUCUGCCUCUUUCGCUCUCUUUUCCCCCCCGCUCUCUCCAUUCCUUCUCUUCCACCUACAACCUUCGUUUCAUUCUCCUUCUGCCUCCCCCUCUCUUUGGCUGUGUAGCUGUAGCUCGGACAGUGAGAAAUGGUUCUGCUUAGAACCCGAUGUUCUGUUGCGAGUUCUAGAUUUCUGAGAUGGCUCUAUGGUUCUAUGUUCUAGGCUCUCAGAGACGGAACCAAGCAGGUCCAGAUGGACGAGGUUCCACUGGUUCCGGGAGAGACCAUCAAGGCUCCAAGGAUGUGAUGUACAUCUGUCCCUUCACUGGCUUGGUGACAGGAACCCUCACCAGCACCAACUAUAAACUAUACUUUAUCAGCCUGGAGAGGGAUACUCCCUUCAUCCUGGAUGUGAACCUGGGAGCGAUCAGUCGUCUCGAGACCAUCAGUGUCCAGAGUCAUGGAGAGAACACACAGGGCAUGGAGAUAGUCUGUAAGGACAUGCGUAGUCCCCGGUUUGCCUAUAAGAAGGAGGACGCCAGCCAACCAGAGAUAGUGGAGGUUCUAACAAAACACACCUUCCCCCUAUCAAAUGGCCUGCCCUUGUUUGCCUUCCUGUAUAAGGAGAAGUUUCUUGUGGACGGAUGGAAGGUGUACGAUCCCAUAUCUGAGUACAAGAGACAGGGUCUUCCCAAUGAGAGUUGGGCCAUCAGUAAGAUGAACAGUAGUUAUGAGGUGUGUGACACCUACCCUGCCCUGCUGGUCAUCCCCACUAGCAUCAAGGACGACGACCUCAAACGAGUUGUGGCCUUCAGGGCCAGGCACCGCAUACCGGUAUUGUCAUGGAUCCACCCGGAGAGCCAGGCCACUAUAGUCCGUAGCAGUCAGCCUUUAGUGGGACCCUCUGACCGGCGCUGUAAGGAGGACGAAAGAUACCUCCAGACCAUCAUGGAUGCUAACGCACAGUCUCACAAACUCACCAUAUUUGACGCCCGACAGAGCAGCGUGGCAGACAACAACAAGGCUAAGGAUGGUGGUUAUGAGAGUGAGAGUUUCUAUCCCAACGUGGAACUCAACUUCCUGGAGAUCCCCAACAUCCACGUGAUGAGGGAGUCACUGAGGAAACUGAAAGAAGUGGUCUACCCUAGUACAGAUGAGGCACACUGGCACUCUGCAGUCGACCAGACACACUGGCUAGAGUACAUCCGGGUCCUCCUUGCGGGUGCAGUGCGUAUAGCUGACAAGCUGGAGUCUGGUAAAACCUCUGUGGUGGUCCACUGUAGUGAUGGGUGGGACCGGACAGCCCAGCUCACCUCUCUGGCCAUGCUGAUGCUGGACAGCCACUACCGCACCCUCAGGGGCUUCCAGGUACUGCUGGAGAAGGAGUGGAUCAGCUUCGGACACAAGUUCGCCGCGCGUGUGGGCCAUGGGGAUGAGAACCAUGCCAAUUCGGAGAGAUCACCUCUCUUCAUCCAAUUUAUAGACUGUGUCUGGCAGAUGACCCGACAGUUCCCUGCAGCAUUUGAGUUCAAUGAGUUGUUCCUAAUCACCAUUCUGGACCACCUCUACAGCUGCCUCUUUGGUACGUUCCUCUACAACAGCGAACAGGAGAGAGUCGUCAAUGAAGUCCAGACCAAGACAGUCUCUUUAUGGUCCUACAUCAACAGUCAACCAGAGGACUUCACCAACCCGUUCUAUGUGGACUAUGAGCACCACGUCCUGUACCCACUGGCUAGUGUUCGACACCUGGAGCUGUGGACCGGGUAUUACGUGCGAUGGAACCCCCGUAUGAGGCCGCAGAUGCCAGUGCACCAGAACCUGAAGGAGUUGUUGUUCCUGAAAGCUGAGUUACAGAGGAAGGUUGAAGAGUUACAGAGAGAAGCAUCUUCAUCACACGGCUCUCUUUCCUCUUCAUCAGAACACACAUCAUCACCCUCACACAGCGGGGGAACGCCCCUACACACCACCGUCUGAAUACACACACAUACCCCCACCAACACAUUUGUCUUUGUAUUCCCCUAUUUUUCCACAAGUGUUUUUAUCAUAGAGAAAAUAAGUACACACUUGUAACAAAGUUUUGUUCUUGGUUGUAUUCAAAUAAGAGAAAAGAUAUAGGGUAAUGUAAUUGUUGAAAGAAAUAUUACAGUAUUGAGAGAAAUGCACCAUAAUAUUUUGUCGAACAUUGAAAGUGUAAAUAGAAAUAGAUGUAACUAAUAUAUUUAUACCUACCAAAAGUAUACUCUUUAAGAAUGACAACAAUUUCUAAUUGAAUUGAAUUCAUAUUUCUAAACUAUCAAUAGCACUUCUUAACUGCCACAUUCCAGUAAGCAUGUAUUAUCAACUCAAUGGCAGCCUAUUCCCUAUAGUGCACUACUUUUGACCGGGACCUAUGUCGGGAAUAGGGUGCCAUUUGGAGUGUAGACUGAAUAAGAUCUCUAUCUCUCUGUACUAACUUAACCUGAUCCAGCUGUGCCAUAACUAUUCCUCUGUAAUAUAAUGUGCCCCCCCUCUUCCUGUCCGUCCGUCCGUUUAACCUCCUGACUGGAGGUUUACCUUUUUGUGUAUGUUGUGUUCCUAUCUACACGUUCCAUUGAAAGUCUCUGUUGCACGUGUUUUUUUUUUUACGUCAUUUUUUUCCUAUUCAAUGUGUGUUUCAUUUCUAUGCAAUGAUGAUAUCCAUAUGAUCUGUAUUAUAUCUUGUAUUCUUGUUAUCUUUGGUAUUCCUUUGUGACUUUUCUUUCGUUGUGCUGACUUUUCUUUCAUUGUGGUGACGCCAAAUCCUUAUUUUAGGUUACCAUUUGCACCGAGAGGCUCUCCUUGCCCUCUGCCGACGUUAAUCAAUGGUAAUGUGGUCUGAGCUCAUAUCCCCUUUGUGGCUUUGAAGACACACUGCAGCAAUACUGACAUCCUGUGAUACCAAUAUCCUUUUCCUUGAGGAUUAGAUCAAUAUCAUUUAAGUCUAACUAACCUUAAUGUCUUUGAUAUUGUGUAUGGUUCCUACUGUAUUAUGGUGGUUGUAACUGUUUCUAGUUUCAUGUGAUUGGUUAUAACCACUGUUUCCUGUGUCAAGUUUAUGUUCUCAUUACUGUGCUGCAACUUCAUUGAACUUUUCUGUGGUAAAUGUGAUUAUUUUCCAA